AUGUUUUUGACUAGAAGUGAAUACGACCGUGGUGUGAGUACGUUUUCUCCAGAAGGUAGACUAUUCCAAGUGGAGUACUCGCUGGAGGCCAUUAAGCUAGGUUCCACUGCCAUUGGUGUUGUUACGAGCGAAGGUGUGGUGCUGGGUGUUGAGAAGCGUGCCACUUCACCAUUGCUUGAAUCGGACUCCAUCGAGAAGAUUGUUGAGAUAGACAGACAUGUCGGUUGUGCCAUGAGUGGUUUGACUGCAGACGCCAGAUCUAUGCUAGAGCAUGCGAGAGUAAGCGCAGUAACACACAACCUAUACUACGACGAAGAUAUUAAGAUAGAAUCCUUGACACAGUCGGUAUGUGACUUGGCUCUAAGGUUUGGUGAAGGUGCUUCCGGUGAAGAAAGACUAAUGUCCAGACCAUUUGGUGUGGCUUUACUGAUUGCAGGCUAUGACAAAGACGACGGAUACCAGUUGUUCCACGCCGAGCCAUCCGGAACUUUCUACCGUUAUAACGCUAAGGCCAUAGGGUCUGGUUCUGAAGGUGCACAAUCUGAGUUACAAAAUGAAUGGCACUCAUCCUUGACCUUGAAAGAAGCAGAACAGUUGGUUCUAAAGAUUCUAAAGCAAGUUAUGGAAGAAAAACUGGAUGAAAAUAACGCACAAUUAAGCAGUAUAACUAAAGAUGACGGUUUCCAAAUAUAUUCAGAUUCUAAGACUGCUGAAAUAAUCAAAGAGUUCAAGGAAACUGAAGCACAAGAAAACCCUGAACAGCAUGACGUGGAUAUGUCGUAA